GGCCCCCAAAUCUCGCGAGACACGGGGGGUCCUCUUCUCCCCCCCGGCUCACGUCUUCGGUCCAUUUCCGCGGCUCCGACCAACCCCGAUGCCCACCAAACCCUAGCUCGUAUCCCCUUCCCUCACGCGGCCAUGCCAGAUCUGAGCACCGUCUACCUCCCUCCGUUCCCCGAGCUCUCCGUCGAUGCCGCCGGGGACCACGCCGGAGAUGCCGCAGCCGCCGACGCGGCGCCCGCGUCUUCGUCCGCAUCCGUGGGCGGCGGCGGCGGUGGCGCAACCAUUCUCCCAGCGGGAUGCCGGUGGAGUGGCCGCGUGCGCACCUUCGACGUGGCGGGCGCGGGCAAGGCCGAGGGCGCUGUGGCCGCCUGCCCCACGGCGCGCCGCGGCGGCGGGAAGAAGCCGUCCUCCGCUCCGUCACCCACGCCCGCGCGCGUGCCGGCCCCGGCGCCGGUUCGGACGCUUGAAGAGCACGUGAGCGAGUGGGCGGCGAGGAAGGCGGCGGCUGGCGUCCCUGCCCGCCGCUGUGUGCUCCCCUUCCUCACCGGCGCGCCAAAGGCGGUUGAAUGCCGUUUAUGCUCCAAGAUUAUCUAUGCCGGAGAAGAUAUAAAAUGCUCGGUUAGUCGUUGUCGAGAGAUGUUCCAUCUGACUUGCGCGGUGAAAGAUACUUCAAAUUUCACCACUGAAAGCUUCAAGUGCCCUCAACAUGGCUGUAUGGUUUGUAAGCAAAAAAUGUUCUUUUGGCGUUGUGGACGUUGUACAGUUGCAGCACAUACAAAAUGUGCACCUUGGCCAGUGAUUCAUCUAAAAGAUGAUCAAGGAAGUGCAAUUUGCUGGAGACAUCCUUCUGAUUGGCUCCUGCAAAAUGAGAAUGCUGACUUUACCAACAGCGUAGAGGAAGUUUUUUGCCGGCUACCUCUUCCAUAUGUUAAUGAAGACUUUAAUAUCGAUUCAACAAUUAGGGAAUUUGCUGAGGCUGUAUACAAGCCACCCCCCUAUAUGCCCAUCAGACGCAAUGUAUAUUUAAUCAAGAAGAAACGCGCUGGUGUUCGUGUGGAUACUGGGUGCACAAACUGCAGAGCUGAUUCUACUUGCAAAGAUGACUGUGAAUGCAGGGGUCUUUCAAUGAGUUGUUCCAAGAAUUGCCGCUGCUCAGACCUAUGUACCAACAAGCCGUUCCGCAAGGAUAAGAAAAUUAAAAUUGUGAAGACAAAGUGGUGUGGGUGGGGUGCUAUUACACUGGAGCCAUUGGAGAAAGGUGAUUUUGUAAUCGAGUAUGUUGGUGAAGUCAUUGACGAUGCGACAUGUGAACAAAGGCUUUGGGAUAUAAGACUGCGCGGUGAUAAAAACUUCUACAUGUGCGAAAUCAGCAAAGAUUUUACAAUAGAUGCAACAUUUAAAGGAAACGUUUCACGUUUUCUAAACCACAGUUGUGAGCCAAACUGUAAUUUAGAAAAAUGGCAGGUUGACGGUGAGACAAGAGUUGGUGUUUUCGCCUCUCGUUCCGUCAAAGUUGGAGAACCCUUAACUUAUGACUACAGGUUUGUACAUUUUGGGGAGAAGGUCAAAUGCCAUUGCGAGGCAUCGAACUGUCAGGGAUACCUGGGCAGCCAAAUAAAAAACCCAAUUCAAAAUGCUCUUGCAACUGCUGCACCGAAAGGACAGUUGCUUGACUCUUCGCCCACACAACAAGACAGUUCUGCCUCAAGAUUAAAACCAAUGACUCAUCUGCUACCCUGGACCAGCUGUAUAGAUGUCUCUUUUAACUUGAGAAGCAAAAGAAAAAUAGACCGGUUAUGCUGGGGGCGCAAGAGGAAGAGAACGUCCCUCUUGCCAUCUUCGACCAGCAUGCAGACAUCGGUAACUGAAGCUCCUGCUGCGGUUCUUCCGUCAACCUUCCCCUAGAGCUCAUUCUUUAUAAUAUGUCACGGUACAUUGUUUGCAUGCAUUGAUUGUAAACGAUUCUUUCACAUUGGUAAUCUCUGUUGUAACAUGUAAUAUUGUUCAUUUGAUCUCAGAGGAAACUCAGUCAAUUUACAGUUGUAACUACGCAGAAACUAUACACUGAUUAUCUGAUGCAAUUCAUGUUGAGCUUCAGGUUUUGUUU